AUGCACGCCGUACCUCUCCAGGUCCCGGGAUUCACGCGGUUGACGUCUCUCACGGCGCUCGCGCUCGACAUUCCCGAGGAUGCGGAUCUCGACUUCGCGACCCUCGCUCGGCUCCCGGCCUUCACCACCCUCUCCUUGUCCAACGCGACGCGGAACCAACGGGGAAGCAUCGACGAACUCCCUUUCUCGCUCGCGCAGGUGCCGUCGCUGAGAGCACUCGAGUUCGAGCCGUGCAGCCCACCAUUCGACGUGCUGUUCCCGCCAGGACUCUCGUUCAGCCACCUGAAGCGGCUGCUUCUCCAAGGCUGUGACGGGCUGGAGCGUCUCCCUGACGACAUGGGCGAGCGCCUGCCACGCCUUCGAGACCUCAGCAUCUGCGAGUGCAAGAAGCUGUCGGAGCUGCCCGAGCAGCUCACCGCCCUCAGCUGCCUGGAGAGGCUCACCAUCUCCUCGUGCAGCCUCGUCACACUGCCUGAGAGCUUUGGAUGGCUGCCCGCGUUGAAGACCCUGACGCUGUCGCACGUGCGCAUCAGCGGCCUUCCAGCGUCGUUCCUCCAGCUCACCUCCCUGGAGACUUUCAACCUGCUCCACUGCGGUACCUCUUUCAGAUUUCCUGCAGCAUUCGGUGAGCUGACAGCCCUGCGGUGCCUCUACAUUCUCAAGUGCCCAUACUUGAUGCUCCCAGACGACAUAGGCGGGCUGGCCAGCCUUCACACGCUCCAUCUCAGCUCAAGUUUCCCGCAGCAGCUGCUUCCAUGCUCCUUCACGCACCUGACCUCGCUGACCAGGCUGGAGCUGGUGGAGUGUGGGAUAGUGGAGCUGCCAGGGGACAUGGGCAAGCUGAGCAACCUGAGGGAGCUGAUCAUCCAGCCCUUCUCGGACAUCACGGCGAUACCCGACUCCCUCACGGACCUCGUCAAGCUGGAGCUUCUCAAAUUGCGCGCCUGCCGCAACCUCUCGUCCUUCCCCACCACCUUGAGCAGCCUUGCACGCCUCAAGGAGUUGGCGCUCGCCAAGCUCCCUCAGCUGCCCCAGCUCUUGCCAUCGCUGCCACACUCCCUCGAGGUUCUCUCCCUGGGAACCUACCAGCGCCUCACCCCUUUUCUGGAACUCCCUGCUCUGCCUCGGCUGAGGAGGUUGAGCCUCAUAAGUGUGGGCUGCAUGCGCGGGCUGGUCCCGGGCAUGGCACUGCCGGCCGUGGAGCACGUGGAGAUGUCGCUGGUGGGCGAGGCGGAGGACCUCCCACUGCCCCUCGAUUUGUUCCCCAACCUCCGCACCCUCAAAAUCGCAACUGCUGGGCGCCUCAAGAGCUUUCCAAAGAAGUACGUUCAAGUCUUGCAGCGACUGCAGCGCAUUCACAUCAACCAGGCUGUCAAGUUGAGGGAGCUCACAGAGAGUGUCACCGCGCUGCACUGCCUCACAUCCAUUGAGAUCCAUGCUCCCGAGUUCUCCUUUCUACCGGAUGGCAUCGGCGCCUUGUCUCGACUGCGCCGGCUGAAUCUGGCCAACUGCUCAGCACUUGCGGAGCUCCCUGCGUCUCUGACGCAGCUCUCGUGCCUGCACGACCUGAAUCUGCGCUGCACCUCCCUGCACUCCCUGCCUCGCCACUUUGGACGGCUGCGUCGGCUGAAGACUCUUGACCUGCAUGGGUGUAAGCAGCUGCCGUUGCAGCAGGUCGCGAUCGGCGCGGCAGGCGCUCGCGUGAGUGCGGCAGCAGGCAUGGGCGCGGCUGGCGCUGGCGACAUCAGAGGACUCGCCAACCUGCAUACACUCUUCCUUGAAUCGCACAGGGCACGUCCUCUGCUGCUGCCCUCCUUCACACAGCUGGCAUCGCUCGCACGCCUGGAGCUCCUCGAGUGCCCUCGUGCACAACGGGUUCCUGCAUUUGAAUGCAUGUAG